ACCGAUUUAUUCUUAUAAAUGUCUAGUAUUAUAUAAACAAUAAUACUCAAUAUGAAGACCUGGACGACAGCUUGUUCGCUGAAUUACGUAUUUACUGUAGUUAUCCACACCCUGUCCCCUUUAUCCCGAUUUCCCUGUACCCGCCCCAACCCCACCUUUUCCCUACCCAUAUAAAAUGUAAUAAAAUAUUUUUUAAAAAAAUGAAGUUCACAAAAUGGUAGCUACAGAGGAUGGGACUAGUUGCAAUGAAUCAAUUAACCCAGUGGUUCUCAACCUGUGAGUCGGGACCCCAUUUGGGGUCGAAUGACCAUUUCACGGGGGUUGCCAAACAAGGCUGUCCGCCAUUUUUUCCCCGUUUUCUUUGGCCACGCCCCUGGCACCCGGUGAUGUAUAAGUGGUUGGGGGUCACCACAACAUGGGGAACUGUAUUAUGGGGUCACGGCAUUAGAAAGGUUGAGAACCACUCAAUUAACCUAAAGCAAACUAGCAGUUAAUCCAUAUCAUAUCUACUUGCUGUUUAUCCCCAAUUUUUCAUUUUCUGAUGUAAGGGAACAGUCAUUUAAGCAAUCAGAAUUUGGAAAUGAAAGCCAAUUUGGUAUAAUCCAAAAUAAAAUGUAGCCUUCUUAAUCCCUUGAAAACUCAUUUUAAAGACUAAUCAAAAUGUCAAGGGCAUUUUUUUUUUAGUUCUUCAGACUGGAGGUUAAGCGUAACAAGUGAAAAUAGAAUAUGCUGUUGGUAACUCCCAGUUUACAAUAGCAAGCUCCUGAACCAAAUUGUAUAUUUUAACUUAAUUUAUUACACAGACACUGGCAACCACUUUCCUUACCGAUACAGGCAAUUUGGUAGUCUCCAGAUGUUUUGAAAUACAAUAUUCCUUGUUUCUUUCAAUUUGGCAGAUAGGCAAACAUAAAUGAAUUAUAAUCUGAAACUUCAAGAAAAUAUCAAGCUGCUUUUUCUGCAGAUUUCUGAAACCUUUUUCCCUCCCAAGCCCAAUGAUGUUUUCCAUUAUCAUUUUAAGAAACCACUGCCUACCCAACCUCAUUUCUUGGCAUGCCUCCAAAACAGAUCACCAAAUUUGGUGCCCUCAAAACAAUUGAGAUGCUUUGAUGAGAGCUUGGAGGAAAGAGUAGCUGUAAAAGAAGAAGCAGGAAAAGCAAAGGAUCCUGUCUCUCUCUCUUUUUUCAACUUGCCAGUUUCUUCCUUUCGUGCAGAAAAAGUGCCAAGAGGAGAGAAGAGGAAUGCCAAGCAGUGGAGGUUACAGGUAGGAAUAGCAACCUACUGGAAAAUUUUCCAUAACGUACUAUUCCUACUUGAGCCUCAAAAGAAAGAAAAUAUGACUUUGCUAAAGACUUUCUGUUCCCUCUGGGAGCCAAAGCAGAAUUGGCCUGGAAGCACACAGCCCUCUGGCCAGAUGGAAGGAAACAAUCCUGCAGUUUGCCAAAUGGAGCUCUGUAGAUGACCAACUUCAAUCAGGUUCUUCCUUGUGGAUCCGAACAUUCCACAUAGGAAGCUGCAUUGAGUUUUCAACGGAAAAAUAUCAUAGGCACUGAGAGAAAGACCCUAUUACUGAGAUUUGUCCUCAACAUAGUUAGCAAGUUUUCACUGUGCUGAGGAAAGACAAGUGUGUGGAUAAGGCCCAGAAAAUGGAUAGAAUUGACUGAAUAAACGACCAUGGGACUAACAGUGAAGAGUUUUGCAAAUAGGUUCCAGAAGCAAGUGAAUAGGAGUUCUUCUGAAUGGCCUACAAGUUAUCUUGCUUCUCUCCACUGCUAGUAACUAGAUUUGUGCAUUCAUUAAAGAAAAGCCUUCUUUAAAAUAACAUCUUAUUUCUGUUCAGUCUUUUGGAACUGCCAUACAUUUGGGCUUAUUUCAAUUUCACUCUUGCCUGUGAUGCAACAAAUUGAUUUUUCUUAAAAAUAUCACUUUACAUCUUUUUGGCCAUAAGUGCCUUUUAAAUUAGUACUUCGCAGGAGAGGGAGAUUCAGGUAGAAAAUAAGGCAGAAAAUCGAGCAUUUUAGAAUGUGUUACAUUUUUUUUUUUUUUUACCACCAUCUGUUUUGCUAAGAACUAACUGUAAGGCCCAAGCAAGUUAACAAAAGAAAGCAAAAUUUGAAAGUUGGUUGCCUUUUUUCAGAUCUCUUUCUAUGCUCAAAUUUGAAGAUGAAAGGAAGGAAGAAAAUAAAAAAGGAAAUCAGACUUUUAAUUUGUAAUUUCCUGGAGAUCAGUUUUCAUGUGGAAAGAUGGGACAUUGUUGUAAGGAAAAAAAAACCCUUCCCUUACUUCUCGUUUUAAUAACCUUCAUGAGCCCUACCUACUGCAAACCAUACAAUGCCAUCUUUUGUUUAAAAUCUACAUCAAAUUAUACAACUUCUCUAGAUAGAUUUUAUCCUAAUAAAAUGAUAUGCUGAGCUCAGAAGAGUUUUCCCCAUCCUGGGGUCUGCAGAAGCUUUAGACUCCAGCUUGUGUGGCCCAGCUGUCUAAAAUGAAGGAAGUCAUAACUAGAAAUAAUGCUUAUAAUUUAUUAAACUAUUUUCAUUAGUUACCCUAUUACUCCUUCCCUAUUUUCUUCCAGUUAAGUUUGCAAGAGUUUCCCAGUCUUCCUCCAGCAAGAGUUUGCACAGUAAAAUAUGCUUUCCAACAGCGGAGAAUAUUUGUAGCUCAGGGUUGAAAUGAAAAAUCCGUGGUGGUGUCUUGAGCUUGGUUGUUCUCUUGCUGACGUUUUAUUACCCAAACUAGGUAACAUCAUGAUGUUACCUAGUUUGGGUAAUCAAACAUCUGCAAGAAAUCAACCAAGCUCAGAGGACCUCUCAAAAUCAAUUCCAUGUUGAUCAAUCAGCCACAAUUAGCUGGGAUCACAAAAUUUGUUAAGUGUGUUAACCCAAAACACCUCACUGUUAUUGAUGCUCUAUGAACACUAAUGAAUCAGUAUGGCAAAUGGAAAUGUGAUGGGCUAGUUGGUGGCUCAGCAUUUUCUGCAAAUCUAGGUAAUUCAAUGAACUGUGAUUCAGUUAACUGUUAACUGUUCAGGUUGCUCUACUGUGAAAAGAUCACUACUCUUUUGUUACUUCCAACCAGCUCCCUAACUCAACAUCUAGAUCUAUCACACUAGAUCUGGAGAUAUGAGGUUGGGAAAAGCUGUUUUGCCUUUUUCAUCUGCUGGAUUUCUAAACUUUGUUUGCUGAAUCUCCUUCUGGCCUUGGAUUGUUUCCCCAUGGUGGCUAUUCUAGUGGGUCAUAUUCUCUAGGAAAGAAGAAUCACUACCAUCUCUUGGCAAGCAAAGACGCAGCCAGAACAGAAAAGUGAGGAAGGAAAAAAAAACAACCCCACAACCUUUCUAAUGGAAAAGGAGUUGCAUUAAGCCUAUUAACAUCCGCCAAAUGAUGAUCAUCAAUUUUUAAUCAGAAAUAUGGAAAGCCAGCCUCAGAAGCAAGUAAAUUUAAAUAACGCUCACAAGGAAAUCCAAUCACUUAAGCAGAGGCACUCAAUCCGAGCGAAGGGGAGCGAGCGUUGACGAGAGGAGAAGACGACAGCUGUAUUAAUAAAGAUUAAAGCGCUGCAAAGACCAAGCGGAUCGGUCCCGUUAACCCCUGCGCAGACAUCCGCGCGCAACAUGUCCGCGUUUCCCGCCUCGCCGCCCGUCCUUGCGAGCAAGCCCUGCUCAGCCUCGCCGCGUCCGAGAUUUCGGCUGAUGGAGUAAAGGCGAUCCUGCUUGAAGGCGAGGAAGUGGGGGGGGGGAGAGGGGUUCCUUUCGCAGCUGCCAAAACACCCCACCCCCUCCUUUUCCCAGGCUUGGAGUUGCACGCCCGGGAGGCGAGUUUGCGAAGCCGGAGGGGAAGCGAGCGCGGAGGCGACGGGCCAUGGUGGCGGGCCGGAGCGAGCGCCGCUCUCCUCCUCUUCCCUGAGGAGGGGGGAGAUGACGGGUGGCAGCCUCCCCCCGGGAUUGCUGGUGCUGGGCGCCGUUUUGCUGUGGCAGCCGUGCCAAGGCAGCUGCGGCGAGGAGAAAUGCGGCGCGCAGGAGAGCUGCUGCAGCUACGGCAACGCCAGCUACGCGGAGACCAAGUGCUGCAAGCUGCCUUUCCACACGUUCCUGGACAACGUGGGUUGGUUCGUGCGGAAGCUCUCCGGGCUGCUCAUCUUGCUGGUGCUCUUCGCCAUCGGCUAUUUCCUGCAGCGGAUCAUCUGCCCCAGCCCCCGCAGGCACGGGCGGCGGCGGCGGCGGCGCCCGGGACAACGGGGCGAAGAGGAGGAAGAGGAGGAGGAGGAGGCGGAUUACGACGAUGACGAUGACGACGCGGAAGAGCGGGACUCGUUUUGCCGCGUUACCCCGCUGAACGGGACGGCCGCCACCUCGCAGGACUCUCUGCUGGAAAGCGGGGGCCGGGAGUCCUCCCUGCCGCCCCCUCUCCUGCACGUUGUCUCGCCCGUCUUUUUGCAGCUGCCCAGCUACGAAGAAGUGAAAUAUUUGCCCACUUACGAGGAAUCCAUGCGGCCCCAGCAGCCCCUGGUCCUGCCUGUCACCAGCUUGGCCACCGGGACGGGCAGGGGCCACGCGGAACCGGAUCCCUGGACCAGAGGCAGCUGAAGACCCUGCGCGCCUUUUUCCCGCGCCCCGCAGCUGCCGGGUGCCGCAAAAACCGAAGGAGCUGCGCCGUCGGUGGGGCCAAAGAUCCUGCGCCGAAGCCCCUCUUUCUAUUGGGGGGGGGUUAGGGAGGGUCGAUGGAAAUAGCACGGAAGGGAAAAGGGGGGUGACUGGAGGGUCUGCCUGGUCCUCCUUUUUGCCCCCUUUUUGGGAAAUUGCACGCCUGAGAGAAGCUCCUUUGUAGCAAAGUCGGAUUCUGCCUCUGCCUGUGAAACACCGCCAGCCUUUCACAUUUGACGUGCCUGAUGGUAGUAACAAGCAUCUUUUAAGUGCCAGUCUAAAUGUGUGACAUGCAUUCAAAUUGGAGACAUUCACAAGUACGAGCUGGAUUUUUUUUUUAAUAGUUGUUCCCUAUUAAAUGUGCUCUGUACCUUCCUAAUACAAAAUAAAAACCUGGAAGGGAAGAGUGUGAUUCUUUUACUCAGAGUAAAUCCAGAUCAUGUUGGUUUAAAUUUCUCUUUUCCUGAAAUUUGCUUAUACACAUCAACAAGUAACUGGAGAAAUUUGCUUAUGCAAAAUCAUCAACAUUACUGGAUGUGAGGUGGGUGCAUGAAGAGAAAGACACAAAAUCCCUUCUGGUGGUUGGAUUUUUUUUUUUAAGUACAGUACUUUGACAUUACUAAGUUCAGAAAGAUUUGGGGACUUUCAAGAAUGUGAUGAAUGGGAAUUCAUUAAAAAGCUUUUUUUAAUAA